AUGGGCGAGCAGGCGAUUGUGAGCCAACAAGGGGAAACUACUCGACUAGUCAACAUCAGCAAUUUGACGAACAACAACCAAUCGGUGGACACCGACAAAGGAGUGCGCGGCAGUCAUCAACUAGGCGUCAGCAGCCGUGAACGCCGACCAAGGAGUGCGCGCCAGCCAGAAACUAUCCGUCAGCAGCCCAUACCCGAAAAUCAUCAUCGUGAAUCACAUAAGCAGAAAGAGAUACUGCCGGAGCCCGACGAAGAGAAAGUCGUGGUCUUGGGCGAAACGCUUCACAAAAAUGGACACCCCCAGCUCACUUACGCGAGGUUGAUGGGCCUAGCAAAUAUCUAUGUUAGGUCGAUGCAAAAGCUUGACCGCGGUCACAACUUUCCAAAGACCUUGUCGCAAAAUUGGGUCAAAGGCUUUUUGCGUAAACGUCCAAAGCUUGCGGCACGUCUGAAUAUGGGGAAACCCAGGCAAGGAAAUGGUUCAAGCAAAGCUCCCAAGGAUAUGAAUACCCAGCUGUUGGGGUUCGUGGAUCGAUUGGAAGAACUCGGGUCGAAACACAACGUCCAGGCUAGGGAUGUCUACGUCCUCGGCGACAUCGGCUUUGCCACAACCGUGAGCAAAGAAAGUCAGAUGGUGAUCCCUCGAACCAUGUCAUCAUUUGAACAGAGGCAAGAGACUCCCGAUUUGGCAUCUAUCGUCCUGUGCUACGGGCAUCGCGGCCGGCCUCUUUCUUCAUAUGUCAUGGUGAAAAGCAGUGAGGACCGCCCCUCUCGCCGGCAUCAAGAUACCCAGCUUUCCUAUGCCGCUACUGGCUGGGCAAGUGAGAACAACCUCAACGGCUGGCUCGAACGUAUCUUUGAGCCUGAGACUAGACGGGAAGAGGGCACGCAUCGCAUAUUGCUAGUUGAUAGCCAGCUGCCUAUCCACGAGAAGUUUUUCUUCGACUGCGAGACUAAUAAUAUAUCCUGUCUUCGCUUCCCAAAAAAUGGCGGUGAAAUACUUAGUCCGCUUCACUGUGGCGUGUUUCAACACCUUGCAGUCCUCUACACAAACCACAUGACAAGAAUCUUGGGCGAGAGCAUAGGAAACUCGGUCACCCUGGACGAAGAUCAAUUUGUCGAAACAAUCCAAAUGCAACUGUUGGAGCCGGCACACAUUCUAAGAGCGCAAGAUGCUUGGUACAAUAUAGGCAUAUUUCCAGUCAACCGGCCAACUAUCCGCAGCCGACUCUGUGGUGGCCAAGCAGUCUCCCCUCCUGACAGCUCACCCACUCCUUGUGGUCGUCCUCAAACUACAAGGAACUUUUCUGUGGAUAUUCCCCGUGUGUUCUCUAGUCCUGAAUAUGAGCCUCCGUCACCACUGCCAUCGUCGCAAGUUUUGCCGCCGUCUCCAAUACCCAUCGAGGAUGCAUCUGAUUCACCUGACGCAUCCGAUGGCGAGAGUCCUAAUAGCUCUUUGGGGCCUCUCACGCCUCAGACGGAUUCCCAAUCGCCAAAGCCAGUGGAGCUUGUUAUGUCCAUUUCGCAGUUUUGCGAAUGCUUGGACAAUUACGGAAAAGCCAGCAAGCGGAAAAGGCACGAGGAAGAAAAGAGACUCCGGGAACAGUUGAUGUUGGGGUACAACGGGUGUCAUGCCAAAGUUGAGAUACUCAAGGAAGUCCUUGGGAUGGAGCUCUCUGCGUCCAAACGAUACAGGGCUCGUUGA